UGCUUAGUGACAGAGCUGUCAAAAUUGUUUAGGUAAUUUCUAUGGCAUUUUUUCGGCUGAAGUGGGAGUAAACAUUAUCGUAAACUACAAUUAUUAUAAAAUAUAUAAUAAAAUUUAAUGCACUAAACAGUGCAACAAUUUACUUAGUUAUUCUAUAGUUUAAAUAAAAAAAUAAUCAUCGACAUAAUGCUGGUUCUAGUUCUCGGCGACCUUCACAUUCCACAUCGCUGUAGCAGCCUCCCGCCUAAAUUUAAGAAGCUUUUGCUACCGGGGCGAAUCCAGCACAUAUUGUGCACUGGUAAUCUUUGUACUAAGGAAUCUUAUGAUUAUUUGAAGACUCUUGCAAGUGACGUCCACGUAGUUAGAGGUGAUUUUGAUGAGAACUCAACAUAUCCUGAACAAAAAGUUAUAACAGUUGGUCAAUUCCGUAUUGGUUUGAUCCAUGGUCACCAAGUGGUACCUUGGGGUGAUGAUGAGUCCCUGGCGCUGGUGCAGAGGCAGUUAGAUGUGGACAUACUUAUAUCCGGUCACACUCAUAAAUUUGAGGCAUAUGAGCAUGAGAACAAGUUCUAUAUUAAUCCAGGCUCUGUUACAGGUGCAUACAGUCCAUUAUACAGAAAUGCCACACCAUCAUUUGUUUUAAUGGACAUUCAGAGUUCCACAGUUGUUACGUAUGUUUACAAACUGUUGGGAGAUGAAGUCAAGGUAGAGAGGAUUGAGUACAAGAAAGCGUAGCCCACAUUUUUGUUACAAUACUAGGAUGCUUAUUCACUAUUCAGUGUAAAUUGUGACUUUAAAUUCCAGAUAAACUUCCUAAUGCUGGGCAGGUAUAUAGUUUUUUUACAAACAUCUAAUAAAAGGUUAUGGGUCAUCCUAGGAAUCUUACUUAAGGCUUGCUUGGCAAAUUACUCGGGCUGCCA